AAUCUGUUGAUAUCGAUAAUUGAACCUCAGUUUCUCGCGUGAAACUGUUACAAAAAUACGCCCAUUCCAACAGAAUCAGAAACCCAUAAACAUAAAAUCUCCUUUCAACUUGUAUGGGAUUACCAGAUUUUCGGAAACCUGUAGCGCACACUGGUGGUGGGCCAUCUCAGUCCCCAGCCUUCAUUAGCAUCAGCAGCAUUCUCCUUGGUAUUGACGCGAUCAUGGGACAACCACAGCGCUGAUCGCGACUAACUGGAUGCGUCGUCCGUCGCUCUUGCUAGACACACAAACAAACAUCCUCCUAGUAUGUAGUCGCAAGUCGGGAGGAUCGCGACCGAGCUCUAUCUACGCGAGAAAGCAAUUCAGUCGUCGUCGGGAGUUGAACGAAAAUAGCACGAUCGCGAUCGUAGGCGCGCGCUCGGUGACGUGAGUAUCGAUCAAAGUCAAUCGAAGCAAGCAGCAGCAAAGGCUAUAAUCAAAAACAGAGGCUGCUUUGAUGGAGCUCACGUUUGUUCGUGUGCGGAUAUAGAGUUUUAAUUAUUGUGCACAGAGAGUGUUGUUGGUGCUGUGAUAACUAUCGGAAGCGGAACGAUAGCGGGGGAAUACCGCCGAUUAUAGGAGCAACAAGUUUCAACUUCAUCAAAUACAAAAUGGAGUGAAUGACCAAGGAUAUUCUGAUACAGCUCACAGUCCAGUUAUACCAGCCCAGCUAUGAACAUCGUACAUCGAAUCACAGUCUUAGUCAUUAUCUCAGCAAUAGUUCUGAUAGCCCAGUCACAAGAUACCACACACCCCAACAAAAUCCGUCGGCAACGAUUCACCUGUCCAGAGAAAUCAGCAGCUUCCAACUGCAACUGUGUAGAUGAUUCAUCGGAAACGACAUUCUCCUGCCCGAACUCAAACCCAACACUGGAAGUGACCGUGCUGGACCACUCACGGGUCUAUUUCAAAUGCUAUGACGAUGCGGUGCACGAUUUUCGUAAAUUGCCGAAUAUAACGAUAGGUAAUGUUAGUUUGCUAUCGGUGACGGAUUGCAUGUUGGAUGAAGGCCGACCAAUCUUGGAGACGUUUGGAUUCCUGGGGGUGACGAACGUUAGGAAUCUAGGGUACUAUAAUUACAAAAAAGCCGUCCAGUACAACGCAGGGUAUUUUGAAGGACUUGAGCAGUUGGAAAAUCUGACGCUCUCUAGAGGAGUAGAGAGCCUUGAAAAGGAUACGUUUUCGAGGUUUCACAAUCUGAAAAGGCUAACCAUCGACCACAACAGUUUGGACUUGCUGCCAGGUACAUUUGAAACCUUGGAGAACUUGACCUAUCUCGGUCUAGACUACAAUCAAAUUAAUGAACUCAAGCCGGGUUUGUUCAACGGCCUGAGGAACCUGGAAGCUCUUUCACUAUCUUUCAACAAGAUCAAGAACCUUUCGGCAGGUUCGUUCAAUGGCUUGAAUUCCAUUCGAAUGCUGAACCUACGAGUCAACUACAUAGAAUCAUUCGAUGUUGAAACAUUCGCUGAACUGACGGAACUCUCCCGGUUGGAAAUAACGCUUAAUCAGUUCGCCAGUUUACCGAGUGGGUUAUUUUCUCGGAAUGCAAAGCUGAAGACCUUGAUCCUAACAAACAAUAGAAAAUUAGCAACACUUCCCGAGGAGUUGCUAGCAAAUCUACAGAAGUUAACCAUCAUUAAUUUGAGUCAUAAUGGAAUAAGGCAGCUUCCGCAAUCGUUAUUCCGUGGAUCAUCGGGAGUCACCGAGUUGAAUCUAGGCAACAACCGACUGGAGAGCUUACCAGAGGAACUGCUGAGCGAUCAACAACAACUGCAGGUUCUGAAACUCGAUCACAACCAGUUGGAAUCGAUUCCCGAGUAUUUCUUGGAAAGAAACGUUGAGUUGCAAACACUCCAUCUGUCACACAACCAGCUGAAAAGCUUAUCAGAGAAAGUGUUCAGCAAACUGACAAACUUGAAAGAACUUCACCUAGAGAACAACCGACUGCUGACCAUUCCACAGUUCGUUUUUAGUGGUACGCCUAAACUGGAAGAGCUCUACAUGCAGAACAAUCUACUCGCCUGGCACAAGAACAGUUUUAAACACGAAGAACUAAGCUUUGCUGAAAACGACAACACACCAUUCCAGGUCCUAACAAAGCUACGAAUCCUGAAUCUGAAGAACAAUAGCAUUUUGACGAUCUUUCAAGAUUGGUACAUCAAUAAUCUUGAACUACAAACCCUGGACCUCAGCUUUAACAAAAUAUCAGCACUUAGCGACACGCAGCUGCAGUUUCAAUCGAACAUUACAAUGAAUCUUUCUAAUAAUGAAAUAUCCCAGAUUGUUUUUUUGUAUGAUUUGGAAAUGCAACCGAGUCAGAUCAUCAAUGUCGACCUCAACAAUAACCCUCUGAACUGUAACUGCAACACACUGAAAUUUGUUCAGUUAGUUCAGUCUAAGUCGAAGAACGGACUUCAGUUCACCAUCGAUCAACUCCACUGUGUGGAACCUUCAAACCUUCAAGAUAUCUCCAUUGAUCACCUACAAACCAAAGACCUGUUGUGCGAUUUUGAAUCUGCAGAAGACUGCCCAAAAAAAUGUCAAUGUGCUAUGCGAACCCUGGAUUACACAGUUAUUGUUAACUGCUCCGGGCGCGGACUGACCGAAGUCCCAGAAUUACCAACGCCCUCAAAGCUUCAUGAAAGUUUCAACAGCCUUGAGCUCCACAUUGAAAACAAUCUGCUAAUCGAACUCCCAAAUCUAACUAGGAAUCGCGAAAUAUCCCAAAUAUAUGCCAGUAACAACUCCAUUCGAGAGCUUCUCCCACAGAACAUACCACCCAGUCUUCGAUUCAUGGAUCUCAGUCAUAACAAACUACAAAUGAUCGACGAUCAAACGCUGAUAACGCUGAACUUGUCCACCCACCUCGAAACUCUUCAACUUUCUCAAAAUCAAUGGCUCUGCGAUUGUCCGGCGUCCAAUUUCCUCAUCUUUGUCCAGCAAAACUCCCGCCUGAUCUCCGACAUGUCCGCAGUACUGUGCCACCCAUCCGGUAGAUCCCUCGACUCGAUCACCGUGAACGACCUGUGCUACAAAGACUACACCACGCGAAUCGUAAUCAGCUUCAUGGUAGCCGCUUUCGGACUACUAGUCGGACUGAUAUCCGUCCUGUUCUUCCGCUACCAGACGGAAGUCAAAGUGUGGCUAUUCACGCAUAAUCUCUUCCUAUCGCUCAUAACCGAAGAGGAACUGGACAAGGACAAGCUGUACGACGCGUUCAUCUCCUACUCACAUCUAGACGAGGAGUUCAUCGUCGACGAACUGAUCCCCAAGCUGGAGAACGAGCCGAUGAACUUCAAAACCUGUUGGCACGUGCGGGACUUCAUGCCCGGCGAGAUGAUCAUGACGCAGAUCAUCAAAUCGAUCGAGGCGUCCCGCCGGACGGUGAUCGUGCUGUCGAAGAACUUCCUGGAAUCGAGCUGGGCCAAGCAGGAGUUCCGCCAGGCGCACGUCCAGUCGAUGGAGGAAAACCGAGUGCGGGUGAUCGUAGUCAUCUACGAUGACAUCGGAGACAUCGACAAUUUGGACGGGGAUCUGAAGGCCUACCUCAAGACGAAAACUUACGUCAAGUGGGGCGAUCCGUGGUUUUGGCAGAAGCUACGCUAUGCAAUGCCCCACUCUCUCAAGGUGAAAGGCAUUAAGUCCGCCGUGUCGGAAAUUAAGUUGGAACAGGUGAAGACCAUGGACGCACCGACGGCUGUAUAGCACUUGCCUGGUUCUGCUCGGUAAAUCUGCUCUGUACGGUGCUGUGUGCGGGGGUCAAGUUCUCCGCAUAAUACAACAGGAUUAGUGCAACACUUAUGUUGGCAAUAGCUGCUCCCCAGCUGGCUGAUGUCAGUAUUGUCCUAGUUAUGUGUGUGAACUGUAUGAAGCAGAUUUAAAGUGUAAGGACAAUUCGAAAAUACUCAAUGGAAUCCUACAAAAAAGCUGUCGUCAUAGUAAAUCGCUGGCAGCAUGUGUUAUGCUGAACAAAACAAGCGAAAGCAAUCUCAGUGUGGUCGAAAUGCCAAGAAAUGAAUCAACGGAUGUUGGAAAAGAUCAACUCAAAUUUCCGCUACACGAUUGAUACGUAAGUGUCCUUAACAAUGGUGCCCUUUAACUCUCAGAGUAUGAAUGUGCAUAGCAUAUACUAUUGAAAUCCUUGUGAAAUGCAUUGAAGCACCAAUAAAAGUAGUAGCUAACUAACUACUUUAAUCAAGUGAAGACGAUUCUAUAGAACUAUAGACUUUCGUGGAAUUAUUCGUAAAUCUUUACCUACAUCACUGUAAAAACUUUGCACUUUUUGUAAAAACUCACUGCAACACACGAUUAUCGGACACGAAAAUUUUUCGUUUUAAUACAAGAUCAAAUGUAAGCAAUCACAUUUUCUGUAGCAAUUAGUGCCUUAUCGAAAUGCGCCAUAAUAUAUUAAGCCAUUAAGUACAAAACUCUAAGCAAUCUGUAGAAGCGUAUAUCAUUGUAGUUUCUUUAUUUUAUUACGUAUUUUGUGAAUGUUAUUCGCUAGAAAAACAAAACUAACUAUGGAAGAGUAAUCUAUGGAAUACUUGAUCGAGACAAACAUCCAUUUCUAACAGUGGAUGAAACAACUUUUUGAAAAGUUUUGUAAUCUCGCUUAAAAUACAUAAUUAUUAUUGUUUAGGAUGAAAAUUUUCAGCCGAAGGCUGGUGGUUCUUCUAUCAUACCCAUUUUAACUGACCGUAUUGGUUUUAUUCAGUGAAUAAUGUUAAGUUUCAAAUAAAAAAGAAGAUGUAAUCUCUUAACUGAUUGUAUUGUUAAAAUCCUCCUACAGAUGUUAAAUAAA